CUCUAAUUUUCCCAGUUUUCUUGUUUUAUAUGUCGUAUCAACAGCGUGUUAUAAAUCUGAUACUAGCUUUCCAUGAUGGAUAACUUUUAAGCCUCUUUUCAUAAUUGAUUUGAACCAUACUCGCAAUUCCACUCCAUGGCUUUGUCCGCUGCUUUUGGACUUCAUAACCUUCCAUAGCAUUCAAUGGCAUUUGAUGAAACACUAGGGACUCAGACAACAACUGCAUCCAAUAUUGAAUUUGUGAUAUAGAAUUUGUGUCCUGAAGAAUCACUUGAGCCGCUUUCCUUUCAGCAUGGUUGACGCGCAACUCGUCUUUUCCGCUCAUUUUAGCAGAUACAAUUAGAUAUGCGGCUAUUAGUACACCCUUCAUAUGUUCUAUUCUCAUGUUCUCCACCAAAGUUGUUUUCACCAACUCCUUCACGUAAGGAAUUGCUGAAAGACUGCCCAUCCUUGUACAUAAGAAUGGAACAUCGUUCAUUAUAUCAUGCUGAGCAUACAAAUCUUUUGUCAAAGGACGCAGUUCUUCUUGAAAAUACGUAAACUGCUUUUCGUAUUUCUUUUUAGGAAUUGGGGUUGCAGUAACAUGGACUUCUAAAUCGAGUCUUCCUUUCAUACUUUCCCGAAUUAGUUUUCUGUUUCAUACAAUUAAAUAAACUUACACCUCACAUGCUAAAUGUGCCGCCAUGUAGGGUCUACAAGGCUCCUCUGUUGCUUUCAACACAACUUUGGAUCUCGACCAGGCUAAAAACGAUUCCGCUAGGCUCAAAAGUCUAUCAUUGUAUUCCUCUUCUUCAGGAAGUAGUUUUCGAAAGCUAUCGAUCACCUGUUGUCUUUCCAUUAAAGGUACCUUUUUUCUUGACAGUAGAGAGAUCUAGGGAUUGCUAGAAGAGGUCAAUGCCUUUUUCAACUCGCACCUUUAUCGUUUUUUCCUUUUUAACCAGAUAAAACAAACCUUCUCGUGUUUACCUUACUUUUAGUCAAAACAAGUUUCAAUCACUUUACCAACAUUCGCGUAGCGAUACCCUAAUAAUUUGUUUUUGCCAUCUGGGAUAGUAAAACGAAUAAAUUCAUGAUCUUCACUGUUCAAUAAUUUUGUUUAUUAAUUCAUAUUUUAGCUGAAAUAAAAUUCAAUUAAAAUUGUCCGUCAAAAAGUUUUUGAUCUGCUCGUUUGAACGUUUAGCGUGUACCAAAGCUACGUACGUAUAUCCCCAGCACCUUUGCUUCUUUGCAGUUUCCAGUUAAGGAAGGUCAUAAUAUUAUUUUAUGCCUGAAUCCAUUAAGCAUGCAAAAGGAUACGGAAAGUAAUCCGUGGCCUGACUCGUUGAAAGAGUUUAUAGGUAAAUGUAUCCAAGAUGCUGAAGAAAACAAUCAUGUUGGGUUGCAGGACGAAGUUAAGGUCUUGAUUUCUCGUCAAUAUGAAAAUGGAAAUAUAUGGAAUAUAGAUUGGUCGACUAUGAACUUGGAUGCUUUACGAAAAUUAACUGCAAUUCAGGAUCAGAUGCAGGACGACAAGAAACGUAAGCUGGAUCAAUCAAGUAAUGUUUCUUUCUCUGGCGAUCAAACAGAACGAGCAAAAAAAGAGAAGAGAAAACGUAGGUUUCUUGCAGAUGAGCGCUCAUCUACCCCAUCAACUCCAGUGGAACCUGAGAAGUCUGUUAACGACGGUGCAAUUGUUGGAAGAUCCACUAAUUUGGAAAAAAGAUACCUCCGUUUAACCUCAGAUCCUGACCCUAAUACCAUUCGACCGCUUCCGAUACUAAAACAAACGCUGGAGUUGCUGAAAAAGAAAUGGAAAGAAGAGAAAAACUACGCGUAUAUCUGUGACCAAUUCAAAAGUCUCAGACAAGAUCUAACUGUCCAAAGGAUUCAAAAUGAUUUUUCCGUAUUGGUUUAUGAAAUUCAUGCCCGAAUAGCUUUAGAAAAGGGUGAUAUUGGUGAAUAUAAUCAAUGCCAGACUCAACUGUUCCAUUUGUAUGGAUUUGACAUCCCUGGAAAAGUCAAAGAAUUCUUAGCGUACAGAAUUCUUUACAUACUUUAUACGAGAAACAGAUCAGAAAUGAAUAGUCUUUUGGCAAAUUUGGAAGAUGAAGAAAAAAAGAAUCCUGCUGUUCAGCACGCUCUAGAAGUCAGAUCAGCAAUCGCUACUUCUGAUUAUUACAGGUUCUUUCAAUUAUAUCUAACUGCUCCCAACAUGGGGGGUUAUUUGAUGGAUCUUUUUGUCGAAAGAGAACGGGUCAAUGCCAUGUACACCAUUUCAAAGGCUUACCGCCCCUCCGUUUCUGUUGAAUUUAUUGCCAAUACGCUAGCUUUUGAAGACAUGGAUGAAUGUAGAAACUUUCUUCUCGAAUGUCAGUCUGUGUUUGACCCAAAUGACCCAGAACGUGUGUUAAUGAAAGAAAGCAUUGACAAGUUUGAUGCCGUCAAGAAAAAGCAUGCAGUCGUUGAUAUUAAAGGGCAAAUCUAAGUUACGCCUUAUUUCUUUUAAGUUUUGAACUCAAUAAAUACUAGAAAUAAAUAGAAAACGUAAUAGAAGUUUAGUCAUGUCUUGAUGCUACGAAUAUUCCCAAACGAUUCUCCAUGAGCAACUAUUACAAUUUCACCUAAGAAUUUCUUUUUUUCCUAUAUAAAAAUAAAUCUCUUUUCAAAUACCCUUUUCGCUCAACGUUUUUCGGUUUUGCGUCUUCCGAACUUAUAACAUUCUGAAGAUGAAAUCCGGUUUGCUCUAAAAUUUCAGGGAAGUUUUCAGGGCGUAUGCGAAUUUUUGACAGUGAUCUCUCAAAAAUCUAUUUUGUUAGUUAUGUCUUAAUGCAAAAGGUUGUCUUACAAUAUUCUUUUUAGCUGCUUUAAGAUACGAAUCCCAUGACUGAGGCUCUAUGAUUAGCGCACCGUCCGUUUCCAGUGCCGCAUGCAUAUUCUUAAAAAAAUUUAAAAGGCCUUCGUCUAGUCCAUUUAAAUGAAUCCACUUGGUAACGGAAAGGGCCAAAAUCGUUUGAAAGCGCUUUUUGGGAUACCAUUUUUGGAUAUCCACAGCUUGAAACUGCACGUUAUGAGGAAACCCUUCUUCAUUCAACGGUUCUUGAAACUUUGUUUGAAUCCUUGAAAAUUUCUUUAUACUAGAUAUUGGGUAAAAAUUGUAUCUUGAAAUCAUCGGACAGUCAUCAUUCGAAGGACCGAUCCUGGAAGCAACAAACUCUAGGUGUUUCUCUGCUUUCUUAAUUAAAAUUGAGUCUAUGUCAAUUCCUAAAGCGUACUUGACGCUAAAUAAAGACGCGACCUGAGUAGUAAUCGUGCCGUUAUUACAACCAACAUCUAAAACAGAAGUGUUUUCAAAUAAAUCUUUUGGUAAAGCUUCAAGACGAGAAUCUAAUAUGGAUCCAUCACCUCGCAUAGAGUAAUAAUUUUGAUAAUUUCCAUAGCGUUCAGUAAACAUGAAGAGAAUCGUUAAUUAAAAACUGGAUGCGUGAUUUCAAUGUGAGAGUGCGUGCUGAUUUUAUUCUUGUAAGGGUAUUCUUACUUUUGGAUGAAUCUUAUUACCUGAUUAAUAGCAUAUUUUGAGACACCUGUAUAUGGGGGUAUCUUCAUCUUUUAGUUAGAUGGGUAGCUCAAGCAAGGCAAGGUGAAAAUCUUUUAUCGCAUAUAUAUACUAUUCUAUUUGCAUAUUGAUAUUCUACUUGGAAUAUGAAAAUGUAAAGAAAUUCAUAAAGCUGCUUCUUCACAGUUCAUAUUAAUUCAGAGUGGACCAAAAUGUAUUGUAAGCUUGAAUUACACACACAAAAAAAAAAGAAUGCAAAUCAUAUUUUUUAUCUAGAUUAAUCGAAAUCAUCAAAAUCUUCUUCUUCGUCAGCCUCAUUGGCACGACGACCAGAUUCAAAGUUCAGAGAACUGGCUUCACGAAGAGGAGCUAUAUCUUCCUCCUUAAGCGCGCCAGCAUGAACCAAUGCCUUAGCUACAUCAUAAACAGUAGUUCCCAUACCACCUAAAGUUGUUAAAGUCAAAAAUUGCUGCUGUAAAUCGCCGUGACCAUACACAAGCAGGGUAGGCAUCAUGAUGUCUGGAUAAUUUUCGACAGCUUGUUUACCGGCAAUUUUCACAAACUUGAUUUGAGGGUACAUGGGAGCUAAACGCUCAAGAAUACCGUUUAAGAGUUUACAAGCAGGAAUACUAGAUAGAAGUUAGCAAAACCAUUUCCGCAACAAUUUGCCAAGAGACAGUAUAAGACACUUACGAAUCUUGAAACAUGUGUACGACUACGAAGACGUUUUUACUAUCUUCUGUAACCUCUUUGGUGUAUUCAGGCUUGGAAAUUGGGUAAACGGCGCCAUAUUUCGCUUUUGACAUUCUCUGUUUCCAUUCCUCAAUCCGUUUGUUUCGAUAGAUCUGUAAGAACUCAUCAUCCUCUUCAUCUUCUAAUUCAUCAAGUUCGUCUAAUGUUUUCUUUUCUAACCGAUUUUCGUGUGCGAGCUCUUUGGCAUCUACCAAUGCGUCGUCUAGCACAUCGUCCACAUCUGGUUCUUUUUCUGGCAAGAUACCUUUCGAACGUAAAAUGUCGUUCCUUAUACAUUAAUUUUUCUAUAAAUGUAACCUUUUUGACUUACCACUCGGUAUCCUCGUUAGGAUCCAUGAAUAAUACUGUUUUUGCUAGACCAGCUUUGCUACUGUUUCUAUUCACUUUCUUGACUUGUAUUAUAUGUCCCUCCAUUUAGUAAUAUAGUGAUUAUUCUGAGUAGAAUAUAACUAAAAUUACAAUUCAAUGUUAUUUAAGGUACUAAUACGAGGGAUAAAGACUCUCCUAAAGUUACAUAACGAAAUCUGUAAAUCAUGUUAUUUUGGCACCAUGGGCACAUUCUUUGGUUGUUUUACUCUCGCCAAGGUCUCUCAAGCCAAGGUAGAUUUUAUUUUAUAACCA